AUGACGGCUAUCGUAGGUAUCAGUGGAGACCAGUACAUUCCAGGAAGCAAGGAAUAUGACGAAGUCAAGUAUCAGUACGCUACGUCAACAUAUGGCAAGGAGCGGGAUCUCAACCCAGGACUAAUCGUUCAACCCAAGACGAAAGAGGAUAUCGUGCUAGUUCUCAAACAUUCGAAAGAGAAGAAAGUCGCAGUGGCCAUUAAGACGGGUGGGCAUCAAUAUAGCGGGUCUUCGUCAACGAGCGCUCCGAAUAUCCAAUUGGACCUAAGACAUUCGUUUAGGGGCUCUGAGGACCGAGCCAUCUUUGAGAAAGACGGAAAGACGUACGCCCGCACCAGCGUGAGCUGGAGCCUUGGAGAAUUCAAUGCCUGGGUUACUGAGCAUAACCUGUUUGUGCCCCACGGCCAAUGCACUGAGGUUCAUGUCGGCGGACAUGUACAGACGGGCGGUUACGGCCAACUGGCCCGUAGUUUCGGCUUGUUUGGCGAUCACGUACGAUCUCUCGAGAUCAUAGACAGCGACGGGAACUUCAAGGAGAUCACGAGAGCCACCGAUCCGGACCUUUUCUGGGCUUUCUUGGGCGGGAGCCCCGGCAAUCUGGGCGUCUUGAUGCAUUUUACCAUCCAAAUGUAUCGCGAUCAAGACUAUAAAGGGUCCCGGGGCAUGAAAGCGAUGUACUUCUAUAACCCCGAGAUCUUAAAACGUCUUGUAAAUAUUUUGACUGAGAUGUCUGACGACGACAACUUCCCUCGUAACUACGACCUGUGUAUCAGCGUUCUCAGCUCGGCGUUUCCCCUCCUGGAUCUGUGUCCAGGGAUAGACGAGUGGAUGGAACGGGAGCACCCAGAGUUCUACGGCGAGAAUGGAUUGAUUGCCUGGCCGCGCACCAUCGUCGUGUUUGCUCAGUGGGUGCCGUUCGAGAGUGGUGACGUGUGUGAUUAUUCGUGGUUCGACCGUAUCAAGGAGGGUUCUGACUGGAUCCUUGGUAACAGCGCCGUCGCAGAGAAGCCCAUGUCACAGCUCACCGGUGACUGGAUCUUCCGUAACGUGCGCGAGUUUGAACAUCCAUAUACCAAGCGCACUUACACUACCCGCUCGCGCACACUUACUAAAGACGGCUGGGCUGACUGGUUUGUUAAUCGCGUCGACGCUAUCGUUCGACCUAAGCAUAAUCGGUGCUGGUUGUCCGCACAGCUACAAUGCUAUGGCGGGAAGAAUUCCAUGUUCACACGGAAUGCUGGGAACGGAACGGCGUAUAGCUGGCGAGACACGAGCGCUGUGUGCGUUAUGGACUGCUUCCACGAAGACGAGACUAAAACGAUUGCUGAAGACUGGCAGAAAGUGAACGAUGAAGAAGCCAUCGGCCCCGACGGGAUCUUCUCUAAGGAGGAUCGUCGCCUGCUCUGGGGCUCGUACGGAAGUUGGGAUCUAGAUUCUGUAUGGAACUGUUACUAUGAGGACAGGGCUAAGUACGACAAACUUCGGGAGAUUAGGAAGAAGGCCGACCCGUACGGCAUUUUCACGCCUAACCCAUUCUCUGUCAAGCGAGCAGACUGA